AUGAACGGCCUUCCUCCGCGACCAGGUCUCUGGCAGGAGGCCAAAAGCCCCGAUGGACGGGUAUACUUUUACAAUACGCAGACCAAGGCGACACAAUGGACGAAACCGGAGGAUCUGAUGACCCCCGCGGAGCGCGCUCUCCAGAGUCAGCCAUGGAAGGAGUAUAGCAGUGAAGGCGGCAAGAAAUAUUGGUACAAUACCGAGUCGAAACAGAGUACAUGGGAAAUGCCCGAAGUCUACAAGAAUGCUCUUGCGCAAUCUCAAGAUCAGCUCCCGCAGCGACCACCUCCCCCUGCAUUUGUCGCUGGGGGCAUGGCCGCGUACUCCCCUGCCCCUACCAGAGACCGCGAUCCGAGAGACCGUGACCACAGAGACCGCGAUGAUAGUUAUCAACAAGACCGUCCAGGGCCUGACCGCUACUCCUCCUACAACGAGCCACAUCGAUCUAGCUUCGCUCCCUCCAGCGAUGAGCCAUACUACGGGACCCCCGACGAAGCCGAGAGCGCGUUCUUCAAGCUCCUUCGCCGAAGCGGCGUUCAACCCGACUGGACAUGGACACAGAUGGUUCGCGCCUGCGCGAAAGACCCCCAGUAUCGUGCGAUCAAGGAUCCGAAAGACCGCAAGGUUGCGUUCGAGAAGUUCGUCACCGAAGUCCGCACGCAAGAGAAGGAGCGCGAGAAGGAACGACAAGCGAAGGUCCGCGCCGACUUCAUCAAUAUGCUGAAGAGCCAUCCCGAGAUCAAGUACUACACUAGGUGGAAGUCGAUCCGUCCGAUUAUCGAGGGCGAGACUGCAUUCAGGGCAGCGAAAUCCGAGGACGAGCGGACUGCGCUGUUCAAUGAAUACCGCGACGAGUUGUGGAAAUCGCAUUCAAUCGAGGAAGAAACCCUACGCAAGACAGGUCUCAACCAGUUGACGGAGAUGCUCAAAGUCAUGGUGGUAGAUCCGUAUACAAGGUGGUUAGAAGCCCACAAUAAGCUCCAAGAGAAUCAUCGAUUCAAAUCCGAGCCGGCGUUGGGGGCGCUCAAUACGUUGGAUGUCAUGAAAUCAUUCGAGAACCACAUCAAGUCGCUUGAGCGGAAUCACAACGAAGCUCGCCAGAAAGAGAAGCAAAAGAAAUAUCGAACAGAGCGCCAGAAUCGAGAUAAGUUCAUCGCGCUGCUUAACGAGCUUAAGCGGGCAGGUAAGAUCAAGGCUGGCAAGUCCUGGUCCAGCAUCCAUCCACUAGUCGAGAAAGACCCACGAUUCGAUGCGAUCCUUGGUCAGAGCGGCUCCGGCCCUCUUGAGCUAUUCUGGGAUAUUGUCGAAGAAGAAGAGCGCCUCUACCGCGCCCGACGCAACGAUGUGUUGGAUCUUCUCGACGAUCGACAAUUCGAGAUCACUCAGAAGACAACACUGGCCGAGUUCACCCACCUCCUCUCUGCCGAUCGCCGAACCGCUUCCAUCGAUCCCGACAUCGCAUCCCUCAUCUUCAACCGCCUGCGCGACAAAGUGGUCAAACGCGCCGAAGACAACAAGUUCACCGCCGAGCGGCAACAACGCAAAGCUGUCGACGCGUUACGCUCACGCAUCAAGCGCCUCGCCGACCCUCCCGUCACCGCCACCGACACCUGGGACCUGGUCCGACCCCGCCUCGAAAAAUCCGACGAGUUCCGCGCCCUCGACUCCGACGAGCUCCGCAAGAGCGCCUUUGAGAAAGUUGUCCGCCGCCUCAAAGAGCGCGACGAGGAUCACGAAAAGGAGAAAGAACGCUCCAAGCGCGACAAGGACCACCGCCGCGAUGACCGCGAUCGCGACCGAGGCGACCGCGACCGAGGAGACCGAUAUCGCGGCGAACGCAACGGCUACCCCUCCCGCCGCCACCGCACCCGCAGCCCCGACCACGACCCCUACGAAGCCGACCGCCGCAAAGCGCAAGCGGACCGCGAGCGGCAGUACCGCAAAUCCAGCGCCGGGGUGUCGCCGCCGCCACCGCCGCGGAGCACGCGCGACCGCGACGAUCGGGGCCGGCGGGUGAGCGGCGGGGGCCACUAUGAUCGGGAAAGGAGGGAACGGGAGGCGGAGCGGGAGCGGCUGUAUGUCAACCGGGGGGAUCCAAGGGAGCGGAGCAGUGAGUUGGAUUAUGGGGAUUCGCGGUCGGGGAGCGUGCGGAGGAGGAGGGAAAGCGAUGCGGAGAGUUUGGGGAGUCGGCGGGAGGUGAAGGUGAGUGGCAUUCCCGGAUUUUUUUUCCCGCGAGUUUCUAGAGAGGGUGGGCUGACGUGCUGGAAAUAGCGAACACGACGCGAGCAUGAGGUUCGCGAACCGGCGCUCUCCCCGCGCGAGUCGAAGAACCCGCGGAGGUCGCGGACGAGA